CUUGAGCAUAUUUUGCAAUUACACCUUUCUUUCUUUUUCAACACCCACUCUUGUUAGUCCUCUUUCUUCAUAGACAUUUUUGCUUCUAGUUUCAUGUCAUAUAUGCAUGUGGUUUUCUGCAUACAUAGGAAAUCUAGGAACCACAUCUAGGGAGAAAUGUGAUAAUUGUGUUUCUGAGACUGACAACUUGUUUAGACUGAUGGUCCCCAGGUGCAUGCAUUGUUCUCCUUGUAAGUCCAUUGUUCUUUGUGCCUGAGAAAACUUCCACUAAUUUGUAGCACAGUUUGUUGAUCGGUUUCUCUUUUGAUGCAAACCCGGGUUAGAAUUAACCACUUAAUGGAUUUCUCUUCUUGCUAGUGAGGUUGAGGACAUUUGGAUAUCUUCAUUUACCAACUGGACUUCAUCUUCUGAGAAAUUUCUGUCUAUUUCAUUUGCCCAUUCAAGAAUAAUGAGUUGUUUGUUUUCUUGAUAUUCAGUCUAUUUUUGAGCUAUUGUAGAUCCAAGAUAUUAGUCUUCUGUAAGAUGUAUUGCUUGCAAAGAUUGGCUGUCUUUUUAUUUUGUUAUAUUUUUCCUUGGCCAGCACAAGGAGUUUUGAGCUUACAAUUUUUUUUUUUUUGUGUGUGUGUGGUUAGUUCUUUACGGGCCUUUGAAAAUUGGACAUGGCUAGUUAUAGGCAAAGUAGGAGUAGAGGUUUGAUUAAACUUGAAUACUUGUAUUUCCUGUGAUUUUUGCUGGUGAUGAGGCUGUGAUGGACACAUGUUUGGUGUCUGCCAUAGCUGUCUUCCCUUUAGUAACUUCUGUUUGUACCAGAGGCCUCUGAGUUUAUAAAUUCUUAUCUGUGAAUUGUUGCAAUUGUUCCUAAGCAACUGGAGGUUUACUCAAGAAGUACAUGCCUAGGUCUCGAAGUGUUUCCCUUCACUUCCUUCACGGCCUCAGAGCUUCACGCCUUAUGUUGGAGUCUUUGAUUCAUUUGAAUUAUAAACAGAGUAUGAGGCAGGGAUGUAGUUUCUUUCUAUAUGCAGAUAUCCAAUUUUCCAGACAUUUUUCACCGAAGAGACUAUCUUUUCUCCAAUGUGUCUUUAUUAUUUCUUUGUCAAAAAUGAGAUGUCUGUGUUUGUAUCUGGAUCCUUUAUUCAACUCUGUUGAUUUGCAUGACUAUUUUGUGCUGGUACCACCUUGUUUUUGUUAUUAUACUUCUGUUGUAUAUUUGAAAUCAAUUAUGGCUAUACGUCUAGCACUCUUCUUUCUGAGCAGCUUUGACUAUUCAGAGGCUUUCACUUUCCCAUAUGAGUUUUAUUAUUUUUUCUAAUUAUAUGAAGAAAGACAUUGGAAUUUUGAUGGGAAUUUUAUUGAAUCUGUACAUUUCUUUUGACUGUAUAGCCAUUUUUUCACAGUAUGUCUUUUCUUAUGAAUAUGGCAGACUCUUCAAUCUUCCAGUGUCUUAUUAACAUCUUUCUUCAGUGAUAUGCUCUGUUUCCUUUCUCAUUUCAUUAAAACAAUGCUCAUCAUUGUCUAUUAGAUUUAUUUCUUCACAUAUUAAGUAGAUAGCUAUUUGUUCCGUAAACACUGUCUGACUCCAGUGUGGUUGUAUUAUACUUUAUAAGGAAUUUUACUCUAUUUGCAUUCUUUUCUAAAUCCCCCAAGACUUCUCCCUCCUUAUAAUAUACAUACUUUUUAAAGUGAAUCUUUACCACAGUUUUACACUGAGUUUUACAAGGUCUUAAGGCUAAAACAUGAUGACACAUCUAUAAUUAGUCUCUAGAUUCCAACCCAAAAGCUAUUUCCACUCAUGAUGCUGCACCUAGCAUCCAAUGUGUACCUAUCUAGCCUUUCAAUGAUGCGAUAAUAACAGAAAGGCCAAGAAUUACUCAGUGCCCCACUGGGUUUCUAGAAAGUAAUCAGCAGAUAGGUAAGAAAACAGAAUGGAAUAAAAAUACCUCUGGUUCCAGGCCAUGUCCUAGUUUUGACAUGGUGUUUGGGGAGAGUUUUCUGUUUAAUCUCUGCAUAAUAUGUUGUAGUCCUGUCUUCUUCGCAUUCUAGGGUCUCUCAGUCAAUAGAUGGACCAGUAGAAGAGCUUUCCAAGUACUUAACUAAUUCUUUAGUGAAUGUUGGAGUUACAGCUGGACACUAUUUUGUCUCUAAUCUUUUCAGAAAGACCAAUAAAAUCACUAAGCAGGAAAUGUCUGUUUCUUUACAUCUUCCAAAUAUUUACUUUUCUUAAGGCUUUGAUUUGUAGACCAGGUUGCCCCCAUACUCUACCAUGGAUGGAUGGAUACAGAACAAGCAUAUGCACCAUUUCAACUGUCUGGGAUGUUUUUCUAAAUAAAUCAGUCAUGGAGAAACAUCAAAUUCCUAUUGCCCUGAGUUAUGCACACUGUGCAUGAAGAAGCAUGUAGCCAAGUUGUGGCCCUGAAAAACCACAGAAUAAUCAGCUUAUGAGCAGUUAAGGUAUACGUGGAUAGAAGUCAAAGCAUGAAUGGAUUCUCUGCAUAUAUAGGAAUCCAGCAUUUAAAAGUACUUAACGUCAGAAUAUGAAGUAAUGGGUUACUGUGACGAUUUCACACACGUAUGCAAUUUUAUACUUUGUUCUCAAGGCUUUUUAGUGCAUUUUUGUGAGUCUGUUUCUCUCAAUGAUCAAAGUAGAGAUAGAGGGGAAAGAUCCAGUCCUGUGGGCAAUUGGGAAAGAAAAGACAGGCAGAAAGAGGAAUUGUGGGAAGAAAGGAGAGAGUAAGCAUAUUGUAAAAACAAUUAUGGGAAAUAUGUAACUGGAGCUGCAGGAAGAAGAUUAGCAGCUCUGUGGGCUGGUGGCGAUCUUUGUUAGCUUUAGACUCAGCCCUAUCUUAGCUGUUGCGCUGUAGACUUUGCUGAACUCAAAGUGCAGGUUCCUGUGAUGGCAGUCCCUUGUUGACUUGUUCUUCCUGACCCAGUGUUCCAAGGCUUGUGUAACUAUCUCAGCAGGUUUCUUGUGACUGAAACUUCUGAGCUGAGGUAAGGGCUAGGGUCCAGCAGUGCUGUGGAUUCCUAAAGCCAGUUGGUGGGGAAGACUGGAGAGAUAGAGGAAGCCUUCCGAGAUGCCGAGUCAAAUGGAAAACUUGUGGGCAGGAGGAAAACAGGAGUGUUGCAAUCAUAGGAUUUACCUUUCUCCCUCAGGCUUGAUAAGGUUUUGGGGAAAUAGCAACAUUCUUUUCAACAGUGAGGUCAGCAGUCUCUCCGGACUUUGGUUUCUCAAUCCCACUUUGCAAAGUCAAAUAAACGGAAGCCCUUGGUUCAAGUGGAGUUAUCAGUAAACAUCUCUGCUCUCCUGAAGGCUGUGUUCUGUACCAGAAUCUUCUGAAUUAGCAUUUCCUGCUGGAGAAACAGCUUACUCUUUCAGGGAAGCAUAUGGAGAUAGACUUGAAGCCUGGAAUUUGGGGCCAUCUACUCAAGUGCCUUGGACAGGAAGCAGAAUCAUGGACUUGGCUUCUUCAGCCAUAUUUCGUGGGUAUUUGACAGCCAUACUUUGUGGAUCUGAGUUGCCCCUGCCACCAGGCAUGUAGUGAUUACGUGAUCGUUAUUCUGGAGGAGGAUCUGGAAGCUGAGAAGAAUGGGUCCCGUUAGCACUGGCUGGCAUCAGUUCAAAGGUGUCUGUUGAAGAAGCCGAUCUGCUGUCUGUCUGUACCUACCAUUUUGGAAAGAAGACCAUUUUUGCCCCACUGGCGUGAAGUGAGUUUGUGAGAGCCCUUGGAUUAACUGAAGGAAUAGUGGUCUGGAGGGAUUGGCCUCUGGUGUUUUAUGGACCUGCUCAUACAGCUUCCUUGUUUCUUUGGGCUUUGAUUGGCUAAUGCAUCACAAGAUACAUACAUUUGACAAAGGAGCACUGCUGGUCCCUUUGUGGAUAAGAAGCAAAGAUGGUGUGCCGGUGAAAGGAUGGGCCCACCAGCCAAGAGCCAGGCCAUGAUAAUAACAUUAUCAUAGUAUUCAGCAAUGUACCACUUUGGGGGUACGCUUCAAAAUCAGUCUAGAGCACUGAGAGUAUUUUAAAGUUUCUUUAUAUUUACUUUAUUAUUUUUAGAAUUUUCUAGAUAUGGAGACCAAAAUUGAAGCAAAGUUAUCUCUCAUGGCUUAAACUUUUCUUUCUUUUUGUGGCUGGUCCUGUGAGGGUUAAGUCUGCUCAGGCUUCACUGUCUUUUCAGGAUUAUCCUAAUUUAGUGGCAUUUAGGCCUCAGCACUUUGCUCCCUAGUCAAUGAAUAGCCAUGGUUCUGCAUAAUGAUGUUGGUAGGGUCUAAGCAUAGCAAGUUAGCACAAGAGAAAGAUUGCACACUUUGUCUCCUCUUUGACUUAUAUCUGCCCUUGUUUUCUUCUCUUGUCCCCUUGAAUUGUUGGUUAUUAGAAGCCCCAAAGGAAGGUUGUUUUUUCCCAGGAGGAAAAUGAAGUCACUAGUGAACCUGAUUUAUCUUUUCCAUUAUACCACAUCUGUUAUCUAGUAUAAGUUUGCUAAGUUUUCUGGGAAGUAAGGAUUACCUCUGUGUAUUCCAAUAAUUAUCUACACUCUUUUGUCUUGUUAUCUUUGAGAGAUUUUCUGAUGUGCAAAGGUGAGUAUUUAUCUCAGCACAUUUUAUGUCAACAAUAUUUUGCCUAGUACAUACAUUUUUUGCCAAGAUGUUUGAUUAUGAUUUAAAAAAGUGAGGACUGGUGAGAUGGCUCAGUGAAAAAGGGCACGUGCUGGCAUGCCUGAUGGUGUGACUUUGAUGUCCAGAGCCUACAUGGUAGAAGGAGAGACUAACUCCCACAGGUUGUCCUCUGAGAUCCAUUCACACACUGUGUCAUGUAUGUCUCACCUCCCCCAAAUGAAUGGAAAAACAUGUGCUUUGUAUUAUCUACCAAAUUUAUAUAAGACCAAUUUUAUAUAGUAUUGAUAGCCACCUAUCUGCUAAUUUGUCCUUAUUUGUUUUUUUAGAAAAUGAAUUCUACAUCUUUAUUACCAACAUUUUUAGAUGUGGAUCUGACAGUUUUACAUAUCGAGUGUCUUCCCAAGGAUAUUCUUGUGAAAUUUCAAGGCAAAAGCAAUAGUGAGUGUCAGUUUGACUAUCACAUAUUGCAGAGGGAAAUACAGUAUAUCCCCAAAGUGAAGAAUGAUGUGAGAGUCGAUGAGUUCUGUCUGGUGGAGGAAAAGGUGACUGGAGAAUGGCAGAGAGGCAGAGUGGUGGGGAAGACGAACGAACUCUACACAGUGCUACUCAUUGAUCGGGGAGAAGAGCUGAGAGUUGAUGGGACUCGGGUAGCCUCUGCUUGCGACAAGUUAUUUGAGCUCCCUCCCAGAGUCGUAUUUGGCAUUUUUGCCAACAUACUCCCAGUUGGAGAGAAAUGGUCUCCCAAGGCUUUGAAUUAUUUCAAGUCACUAGUAGGACUACAGCUGAAAGUCAAUAUGCAAACAGUUUUGCCUCUUCAAAUGAUUCUUCUUGAGGCGCCCAAAGUUAUAUCUGAAGUUCUUGAAUUGCGAUUAGGAAGAUUCAUUGAUAGGGAUACAUUUUGUCUUAUUGUGGAGAUACUAAAGGAACUCCCCAAGCCAAUGCCAGACCUCCAACACCAAAAAAGACCUGAGUCACCAGUAAGUAGUAACAGUGCUUCACUUAAUGUUCAGUAUCUCCUAGAUAAUUUCCAGCCAUCUUUACCGGUGGGAAGUUUUGACAGCGUCAAAGUGUCAUCAGCACUGAGUCCUGGGAAAUUUUAUUGCCAGUUACUUAAGUGGAUUCCAGAGCUAGAAGACUUGACAGAGUGUAUGAAUUUGCAUUACAACGCAAUAGAACAAGAAAACAACCCCACUUGCGAUAAUUUUGGACUCCUGUGUGUUGCUAAAGGGACAAAUGGACAGUGGCAAAGAGGAAUUCUUCAGCAGCUUUUGCCCAACAAUCAAGUGAAAAUUUGGUUCAUGGAUUACGGCAGCAGUGAGUCUAUACCCUCCAUGCGCGUGAAGAAACUGAAACAGGAUUUUAUUUUUGCACCGUUGUUUUCAUUUCCAUGUUCUCUGACAUAUUUACAUUGUCCAGACCCAGAAGUAAGAAAAGGACAACUGACUACAUUUAGGCAAGCCCUGCUAGGGCAAAUAGUAUAUGCCCGCAUUGACUGGUUCAGUGAGGAUGAACGUUUGUAUUAUGUGACUUUACAGUCUCAAGAAUCUGCAAUUAAUACUGAGUGUCUGCUGAGGACUCUGGGCACACAAAUAUUUUGCCCUGAAUUUGAGUCAAACAUUUCCAAUGCCUUGAGUGAGGCAGACACUUCUGAUACAGGCAGCUUUGCAAUGGAUGGUUUCAUUGGGAAUGUUGAACAGUCAGUGGGUGGGCUAAAUGAAAAAGAGGACUUCAAAGCAGGUUUUCCUAUUAAAAUGGUAAGAAUGGAGAUAGAAUCCAACCACAUAGCAUUUGUAGUGAGUGUACUGAACCCAUCAAAUUUCUGGGUACGCAUUAGUAAGCAUCAGAAGAAAUUUGAAGACUUAAUGAAAGCUUUAAAUAAAUUUUAUGAUGUAUCUGAAAAUGAUGAACUAACCCUGAGAAACCCUGAGCCUGGACUGUUCUGUUGUGCCAGAUAUAGCAAGGACAGAUGUUUCUACCGCGCCAUCAUCAUUGGGAUGAAUGAUUAUUGGAUUAAUGUUUACCUCUUGGAUUAUGGAAGUACUGACUCCAUACCAUUUUUUGAUGCAAAAAUUUUGCUUCCAGAAUUUUGUAGUUUGCCUCCCUUAGCCAUGCACUGUUCACUUGCACAGGUAUCUCCUGUCACAGAAAUAUGGCUACAGGCAGCAACAGAUUAUUUCAAAAAAAUUGUUCUGAACAAAGAAAUUUUGCUUCAAGUUCGAGCAAAAAAAGGUGACAAGUAUAUGGUGACUAUUCAGAAUAUUGAAGCCCCUGAAAAUACGGAUGUUGUCUCCCUGAUGCUCCAAGCUGGAUAUGCAGAAUCUGCAGGGGUAGCAUCAGAAGAUUUCCCCAGAUCUGUCAGAGACUGUUCAGUGUUAAAGUUAAAAUCUAAAGAUACACUUCAUGAUAAAAAUGUUGUGGCCUCUGCCCCUCUCAAAAGACCUAAGCCUGAAAAAUGUCAUUCUGAUAAGCUGAAAGAAAAUCUCUCAUCUUUACACAGGUUCCUGGAUAUAAACAGUUCUUUCAACUUGUGUUCUGAACCGAUCUCGUCACAGCCUUAUAAGGCAUAUGUGUUCAAGCCAGGAAAAAUUCUCAAAGUCAACUGUUCUUAUUGUCAUGGUCCAGGUGACUUUUCAUGCCAGCUUCUGUGUAAGUUAGGAGAUUUGAAAUUACUGAUGGAACAAAUUCAAGAUUAUUACAGCAUUCAUCCAGAACCAUAUCAGACUGGGAAGAUAGCCUGUGUGGCUAAGCAUUCCAGAGAUGGGAAGUGGUACAGGGCUGCCAUUUUGACGCAAGCAUCAGAGCAAGAAGUUGAACUAAUAUUUGUUGACUAUGGAAAUCAAGAGAGAGUUUUCAUUAAAGAUCUUUGUGCCAUCAACCCACAUUUUCUUGCUUUAGAAGCCCAAGCUUUCAGAUGCUGCCUCAACUAUUUAGUUGAUCCCACUACUUGUAAUCUAUUAGACUGGACAGCAGAAGCAUCCAGAGACUUUGGAAAUUUCAUUGCUUCAUGUGGAGGGCUAUUUACUUGUAUCGUGUAUGCCUUAGUUCUUAUACACCCUAGAUGCUUAUGUAACUUAGUGGAUUUACAAUCGUCACUUACAAGUGCAAAUGAAUACUUCCUUCGUUGUAGCUCCACCCACUGCAGUGUCUUAUCAAGGCCACUCCCACUUUCAGUCAGUCUUUACAGUUACUAUUACUCUUCCUUUGAUAUAAAGAUUGGAAGUGAAGAAGAUGUGUAUAUAUCUCAUGUGUAUAGUCCCAAAAAGUUCUAUUGCCAGCUUUGUAGAAACAGUAAAGAUUUAGAGAUGUUGGAGACAAGAAUCACAGAGAUGAUUAGCCUUAAAAUGUGUUCCACAUAUGACUGGAACAGAAUGUGUAUCUCUAAAUACAUAGAGGAUGGACUUUCAUACAGAGCCCUGGUGAAGACAACAGAGUCGUCAUCUGGCCCUUGUGUUUAUUUUGUGGACUAUGGGAAUGAGCAAUUUGUGGAAGAAAAUAUGCUGUGUGCCAUUUCUGAUCAAUUUCCAGAGCUGCUAUUUACACCUAUGCAAGCAAUUCAGUGUUUUCUGUCAGAUCUUAGAGAUAUAGAUAUUCCACGAGAAAUCAAUAGAUGGUUUGAAGACAGUUUCUUAGGGAAGCCCUUAAAAGCAGUAAUACUGUCCAGGGAAUCAGAUGGGCAACUUGGUAUAGACUUAUAUGAUGGGUAUCAACAUAUAAAUCAAACAAUAAAAUUGCUACUUAAUGUUUAUGGAGAAAACCACUCCAAGCAAGCAUGGAGUGUGGAAAAGAAUCAGAGGUUAAAUCAGGCAUUCACUGUUCCUUUGAAAGAAAGCACAGAAAGCAACUGUUGCCACAAUGCAAUAAAUAAAACUAGCCUAGCAAAACAUUCUGCAAACAAAACAGAUCAAUGGAUGCAUCCCCAACGUGUAUAUGCCAGGAGUUUGAAACCAUCAAUUUGUUAUGAAGUUGAACCCAUACCAAAAAGCAAAGUGAAGAGGCCCUGUAAGUACAGACUUAAAAAUAAAAAUGGAAAAUUCACUCUUGGGUCUGCAUACAUUCCUGAAGAAAGUGGCAUGGGCCCCAAAUCACAAAAGACAGUAUCAAAAUUAUUUACCAAAGACUUAAAUCAAGUAGCUUCCCAAAGGCCGUACAUCCUACUUAGACCCCCGGUCACAAAGAUUCUUCAACCCCACAUUGACUUGAAUACCCAGGUUAAAGAGUCUGCACCCACUAGCUGCCAUCCGGCCAAUUUUCACAUUCCACUUGCUGGGAAUGAAAAUGAAGUCAUAGGAUUCACCAGUGUUCUAAAUCAAAGAACAAAUGGCCAGAAAAAGCAGACCUCCCUGAGCCCUCUGGUGAGAGGUCAUAUAGAAUACUCUAGUGACCAUACCGUGUCCAGAGACAUCACAAAGGGAGUAUUGUUGCCAGGAUCCUUUGAAGUGGAAGUUCUCGAUCAUGGUAAUACUGCCAUAGUAAAUGGAUCUAAAGUUUAUUCAAUUAGCAGGGAACUCUUAAUUAUCCCCAGGCUGGGAACGUAUUCUUUUCUUCGUAGGAUAAGAUGGAAUGAGCCCACUGAAAUGUGUAAAGGCAAGAUUGCAGAUUAUUUCUCCUUAGGAGUAAUUAACAGAAUAAUUGCUUGUGAAUUUUUGAAGACACACGAUGAGAAGUGGGAAGUCAAUAUAACUUGUGGCGAUAAAUGUGUCAUUAAGAAGUUGCUGAGGUGGUCACUCUGUUCUGAGCUACAGGAACUGGCAUGGCAGACACCCCAGGCCAUCUCUUACAAAGUUAGUAUCCUUGAGAACAGCCACUCGAAGGCAGGAAGAGUAAAUCUGUAUGAUGGUUCUGUGAUCUGCACACCACUCUCCCAACAACUGGUAGAAAUUCCUUCUGAACUGGUAAGAUAUGGACAGCUUGAAAAAGCCAAAAUGAUUUAUGCAUCAAGGACUGGGGGAUUUCAUGUGAAGUUACUGAAAAAUCAGAAAACAUCAGAAUUAGCACGAUUAAUUCCUAAAGAAGAUAAUUCCUUUUUUUUAUCAAUGGAUAAUAUUAAAAGGGGGUUAGAGUUCUUGUCAAUAUCUAAGAGAGAUUUAAAGUGGUACCAACCCAAAACAGAAGGGCAGUGGGUACAUGAGAAAGUAUUUGGUUUUUUAAUAAAUCAUGGACAGCAUGAAGUAGUGCCUGUAAAUAAUACCAAGGUACUUAGUAGAGAGAUCAGAAGUAUUCCAAGACAAGACGUGUCUCAUGAAUGGAUUUGGUUUACACAUUCUAAGAAAAUGAUCCUUGAGUUCAUUGUGUGUUUAUUUGCCCAUUUGGAAAUGAGCAUUACUGCUCCGAAAUCCUUAGAUGAUGCCUGGGGAGUGGAAAUGUUGGUAGAUGGCAUGUUGCUUUGUGGGCAUUUAAAUGUAAGUACGUCUCUGGUGGAAGAAAACAAACUGCCAUUUUCAGGUACUGUUUUCAGUCUGGAGUCCCAGGCUCUUCUGUCACCUUGGGUAAUCCGGCCAUUUCUUUCGGCACCGCUCCAAAAUGGCAGGCGGUAUCACGGUAUAGCCACUGCUGUCAAUGACCCCUCAGACUUCUGUGUGCAGCUAGAGUUUUUCUUUAACACAAUGCAAUACCUCUUUAUUUUGCUUUCCGACUUACCAGAGCCCUUGCAAGCCUUGCCUCUAGAGCACAUGAGUCCUGGUUCUAGUUGCCUGAUCAAAAGUGAGUUAGAGGGUCAGUGGAGCAGAACAGAAAUUUCUCAAGUGUUGGAUCAGUCUUUACAUCUUGUUUUGAUUGACUAUGGACUUUCUGUUCAUAUACCUUACACAGAAGCAACAAAUCUUAAAUCUGUACCCGAGAAAAUUAUGAGUUUGCCAAGGCUGAGCUCUCCAUGUAGCCUGCAUGAUGUCUUACCUGCUACACGGAAGUUGUGGAAUAAUGAAGCCAGGCAGUUGUUUCAAGAUUUCCUAUGCAAAUCAGGCUUAGGUUUUCAGUUUAGGGCAUAUGGUCCUGCAGCAGUAUUGGAAGUGGAUGUCAUUCACAAGAACGACAGUGGAGCAGAUGUCUUGGUGGCGUCCGGUCUUGCCAUGCAUCCUAAAGAUUUAGCUGGUCCCAAUGGAAUGACUGCUACUGGGUCUAAACUACAGAGCCAUUCCAUAUGUCCACUGCUGGACAAACACUGGAACAAAAAAGAAAAUAUUAAUUAUAGCACCAGAAAACAAAAGAUGCAGAAAAAGAAAGCUUUGAAGAGGAGAAAUGUUUCCAGGCAUCUCUUAAAGAAAAGUCACGUUAGUGAAAAAUUACAUUCUGGAAAUUUGAAACGGAAAAGAAAAAUCAUCAUUGGGAAACUGAACUUCCCAAGUGUGGUUCUGUUUGAGAUUCGCAUAGCAGCUUUGUCUGGGGGACCACCUGACUGUAUGGAGAACAACAUGGGCUGCUUUGGAAGUGGUUUUGAAAACCUACCAGCUGCUGGAGUCCGGGAAAAGAGUUUUACAGUGGACUCAGACGCAGCCAGUGCUAAUGAAGAGAUCACAGUAGAACACUUGAAAAGUGCAUGCAGUUCUGGUAGCGGUGGGUGGUUUGCUACGUUCCAGGCACUGUGUUCAGAGCUGCGUGUUUUCUCUCACUGGAUCCUCACAGGCACACUGUGGUAGAAGCUGGUAUUCAAGUUCACACGGGUGCCUAGCUGUACCCAUGUGUCUGAAUGGCAAGUCACUGUAUCCAUUUCAGAUGAUUUUUAAAGCAAGGCUGGGGUCUAUUAGAAAGGGUUUAAACAUAGAUAUAAGCAUGAAUGUUAAGAGAGAAAUAGAGUGCUGGGAUGGUGUUGCUUAAAGGAAAUUCCAGUUGGAGCAGGGUGGUAGCACAUGCCUGUCGUCCCAGCACUUCGGAUGCAGAGGCAAGGAGAUAGUUGUAAAUUUGAGGCCAUCUUGAUCUACAUCGUGAGUUCCUGACCAGCCAAGGAUAUGUAAUGAGACCAUAGCUCAAAAAACAAAACAAAACAAAACAAAACAAAACCCAGAACACAAACAUAGCAGAAUACAUACAUGCAGGUGCGGUGGGCAUGGGCUUCUCAAGUUCUCAAGACAUAAUAGCAUUUAACUAUCAUGCAUAUGAUUCUAGCAGCUGCUGAAGAUACAUGGCUUUGUUGGCUAGUUUAAUGUCAUCUUAACAUAAGCUAAAGCCUUAAGAGAAGAGGAAAUCUCAAUUGAGAAAAUGACUUCUUAAGCUCCAGCUAUAGGCAAGGCAAGGCUGUAGGGCAUUCUCUUAAUUGGUGAAUGAAUUGGGAGGGCUCAGCCCAUUGUAGGUGGUUCCACUCCUGGCCUGGUGGUCCUGGGUUCUUUAAAAAAGCAGCCUGAGCAAGCGACGAUGAGCAAGCCAGUAAGCAGCAUCCUUCCACGGCCUCUGCAUCAACUUCUUACUCCAGGUUCCCACCCUGCUUGAGUUCCUGUCCUGACUUCCUGCUGUGACGGGCAAUGCUGUGGGAGUGGAAGUCAUGGUGUUUCACUACAGCAAUAGUGACCUUAGCUAGGACAAAAACUGGUACCAGGACAGUGGGGUAUUGCUGUGACAGAUCUGACUGUGCAUGUUAUUUAGGGAAGGAUUGUGGAGGGAUUUUGGAACUUUAGGCAAGAAAAAGCAUCGAGCAUUCAAAGCUUGGUGAGCUAUGGGAACUUGGAAGAGGAGAUUGCUGAGAGAAACGUGGAUGAUGGAGGCCCGGCUUGUGAAGUUUCAGAGGGAGCUUGAAAGACUAUUCUGGGCCAUUUGCUAUUUUGAAUUAAGAGUCUGGUUCUGUCCGGCAAUCUUGUCUACUUCCAGUAUCCAGGAGGAUAACUAUAUGUUUUUCUUUGGGUUCACCUUCUUAUAUAGCUU